AUGGGCUGCUGCAGUUCCUCGGAUCCUCCCUACAACCCUCAUUUCCGAGCUCAGCAGGGCGAUCCAGUUCGACCCAAGGACGCUGGAUUCUUGCCCUUUGUGCGCUGGGACACUGCCGCCGUUGCGCCUCAGAUCACAGGUGGCGACCACAUCUAUUUGAUCUUCACCUACUCAGAAGCAGCAAUUCAAGGAAAUGAGGACGGAACCGUGACCGCGGAGGUACCUGCCAUCCCCUCCAAAUGGCCGUGGGCAUGGCUUGGCGGCGGCUCCACUGAAGCGGAUCGUCAAGAGUUCAGAGGCUCCUGCAUCUUCCGUGUUUGGCGGAAAGAUGGGACCAACUCGGUAGUCCAAGAUGGUGAUGAUGUCUUCUUCGAGCAUGUGGACACGGGGAAGUAUCUUGAGGCUUCCACCGACACCGAGCCCUUGGCGUUGACAGACAAGGACGAGACUGCGUCGGGCCAGCUCUGGGGUUUCUUCAAGCAGGGCCGGCCCAUGGAGAUGAGACAUCGGGACAGCGUAUACAUCCAGAGUUGGCUGCACAACUAUGUGGAGUACCGUUACUUCGAGGACAGCAACCUCUAUGCCAAGAGGUGGCAGAGACGGGAGCCCCAGACCCUGACCGUUCUCAAAAAGGCUGUGCUAGAUUCGUCCACGACGGAAGUCGCGAGGAAAUUCCAAUUCCAAGCCUUCGACCUGGACGGCAAUGGCUCCAUCAGCAAACGUGAGAUGGACAUCAUGCUGCGGCUCGUUAGAGACGUCGAGCCGACUCUGGAGGAGAUUGAUGGGAUCAUGGUCAAGGCUGAUCCGGCCCACACAGGGCAUAUCCCAUUCCCGUCUUUCGCCUCUUGGGCUGAUGCUGGUGGCGGUGGCAUGACGGAAGAGGAGCUGAACCAUGCAGAAGUGCUCGGAAAUGUGGCGCAGAGGUGCUUCGACGCCUUGCAUGAGGGGAGGUGCCUUGUUGAGGUAUUGGGCACCAUCGACAGCAUGACUGUUCAGGGCAUGGUGGGCAAGUACAGUGAGAGCCUCAAAGCAGGCAAUGUAAGCGAGAGGAUCGUGGAGAAGGCAGCUGAGUCGGACGGCUGGCUCUUCUCCGGUAAUUGGAAGAAUUGCAUGAAGGCCCUGCUGGAGCCCGAGGUUGACCUCUGGGUUCGCUGCUUGAACGAUGCCAUGCAGGGCCUGGGCACCGACGAGAACUCCUUGUCAGCCUUGGUGUGCACCUUGCCCGAGCGCUUGCGCAUGGCUAUCUUUCAAAAGUACCAAGCGACCUUUGGGAAGGGCUUGCUAGAGCAUAUUGAGAGCGAGACAUCCUUCAGCUAUCAGAAAGUGAUGACAUGGCAGGCCAUGGCGCCGGAGGACUGCCGCGCCAGAAUCCUGAACAAAGCCAUGGCUGGCCUAGGAACUGCUGAAGAUCAGCUGAUCCGAGUGAUCUGCCAACUGAAUUUCGGCGAGCGUCGAGAGGUCAAAGAAGCCUAUCAGCGCAGGUACGACAGAGAUCUGCUGGAACACAUCCAAUCCGAAACGUCCGGCGACUUUCAAAAGGCCCUGCUUUGCAUGUUGGAGGCGGAGGAGACGGCCUUCGAUUUGGAAGCAGAUUGCGCAGCCAUGAAGGAAGCCAUGGAAGGAUGGGGGACCGACGAGAUGGCCCUGAUAAAGAUGAUUUGCAGCAAGACAGCCAAGCAAAUGGAGGAUGUGAACAAAAAGUUUCUGGAGCUGUAUGACCGAGAUUUGCUUGAGUGGGUAAAGAGCGAAACCAGCGGCUACUACCAAGAUACGCUGCUGGGGUGCAUUCGUCACCCCAUGAAGCAGCUCGCCCAUUCGGUCCGAGAUUGCAUGAAAGGCUGGGGUACGGACGAUGAAGGCCUCAUCACGUGCUUGGUGCAUUUGGAGGAUUUCAAGAAGGCCGCUCUCAUCAAGGAAUACAGUCUGGAGUUCGGCCGGGACAUCUUCGAAGACAUUAAAUCGGACACCAGUGGCGACUACGAGAAGGCGCUCUGUGAUCUAAUCAAGCCGGCACCACAGGUAUGGGCCGAGGCACUUACCGGCGCAAUGAAGGGCAUGGGAACCUCCGACUCACUACUCAUCAACUUCAUGGUCUUGGCUAAAGAUGAUAUGAUGGAGGUCCGGAAGCACUUCCACGGGCUAAAUGGGCAGAUGCUGGAGGAGUGGAUCGAGUCGGAAAGCACUGGUGAUUACAAGGAGACUCUGAUGAUGCUAGCUGGGCGAAACAGUGAGGAGACCAUAAGCAUCGCCCCAGUCUACUGGGCGCAGCGCUGCAAGGAUGCCCUUUUCAGCGUGGAGACUUUGAAGGAGGUGUUGGUCUCGAUGCCAGCGACAGCCAUCAAGCGACACACAGAGCUCUACGAAGCUGUCUAUGGAGCGUCGUUGAAGGAAGAAGUGGAAAAGAAAUGCAACGAGAAGGGGACCUUCUUCUUUUACACAAAUUGGUGGAAGCACGCAAUGUUGUCCCUGACUUGCUUGCCCGUUGAGCUAUACGUGAAGGGACUUUGGGAUGCCAUGCACGGCUGGGGAACUGACGAGUACACCCUCACUGCCUUGGUGUGCACUUUACCCGAGAACCUCUACGAUGAGAUCCACGGCUUGUAUUUGAAGACACACGAGAGGAAGCUCGUGAAUCACAUCGAGUCGGAAACUUCCUUCAAUUACAAAAAAUUGCUGCAGUAUCAAGCCAUGACAUGGGCUGAGAGCCGCGCCACGGCCCUUCAUGGUGCUAUGGCAGGAUGGGGCACCUCGGAAGACCAGCUCGUCCGCAUCAUCAUGUGUUCCUCCUUCAAGGAGCGGGCAGUAAUCAGAGAGGCCUACGGAAGGCUUUUCGGCAGAGAUUUGAUUCAGCACAUUGAGUCGGAGACCAGUGGGAACCUUAAAAGCAUCCUUGUGGCCGUGCUGAAAUGCACGCACCCCAAAGCUUCGCUAGACUACGACAAGGACUGCGAAGACCUCAAGAAUGCCAUGGAUGGUUUCGGGACGAACGAGAAGGCCAUCAUUCAGAUCGUCGCAGGCAAAACGCCCCAGCAGAUCGAGACCCUCAAGGCCAAGUUUGAGGAGAAGUUUGGAGAAGAGCUUUUUACCCGGAUCGACAGUGAGACCUGGGACUGCGGCCAGUGCAUGUUCAUGACGCCCAAUUUCCGCGCCUGCAUGCUGGGUCUCCUGCGCGAGCCCAGCGAACGGCAUGCGUGUGCCGUUCGUGACUGCAUCGUCGGCUGGGGCACAGACGACACGGGCCUCAUCACACUGCUGGUGCACCUCUCCGAGAGACAGCGCCGUGAGCUUGCGGAAGCCUACAAGAGGCUCACGGGCUCCAGCAUUGUUGACGCUAUCGAAGGGGACACCAGCGGGGACUUCAAGCAAGCACUGCUGGCCCUAGUAAAGCCAGCCCCCAAGGUUUGGGCCGAAGCGAUUCUGUCCUCUAUGAAAGGGCUGGGAACCUCAGACAACCUCUUGAUCAAUUGGAUGUGCAUUGCAAAGGAGCGCAUGGACGAGGUCAAGGAAUUCUUCGCUGAGUUGGAGCCUCGCGGCUUGCCAGCUUGGAUUGCCGAGGAGUGCGGGGACAACGACUACAAGGACACGCUUCUUCGGCUGGCCAAUCGAAAGUGCGAGCGCUUCUCGGGUCAAGAGGUCGGCCUCAGCAUCUCGCCGCCAGAGUCGAAGGAGCAGGCCAUUCUACAGUUCACGACGACCUUCAACAGAUUGUGCAAGAUGCGUCGCGAGAAGGGUGACGACAUCAUCCCCACUGAAGAGCACCAGCAGGCCAUGGGCAACGCCUUCUUGUAUUAUGGAUCCAUGUCCAGCUGUGCACCGAAUCUUGACAUUCCGGGCCUGUGGGAACUAACGAAUGCCUGCGGCUUCCCUCCGGCUGAUGACGGCCCAGAUUUAGUUGCCACUUUUCACGAGUGGGACGUGAGUGGCACUGGCGAAAUCACCUGGAACGAUUUUGUGCGAGAGAUGACCACGCGCAUCAACGAUCCGGGGCACUUCAACUCCGACCCACUACCAGAGACCUUUGACAUGAUCUCCAUUCCGGACAGGCCGAGGGCAGAUGGCUACAAGAGCUACAUCAGCAGUUUCAAUGCUUCGGAUGACGAUUACGAGAGCUUCGACGGCGAUACCCUGCAGGUAGACAUGUAUGCAGCAUUCACGGAUGGCAGCUGGAAAGAUGUCCUCGCUGGCGUGGAACCUGGGACAGACGGGGCAGGCCACCUUGCCGGGCCCUGGGGAGAGUGCAUUGCUGCUGCGGUGAAAGUUGAAUGCACGGAGGAAUGGCAGGAUCGCUUCCCCGAUGCUCCAGUUGGACUUGUUAUUGAGUACAUGUGUGCCUGUGGCCAUGACGGGUUCGUUGGAAUCGGUUUGGGUCAGCCGCUGGCCACAGCAUGCCACCAGCAGAAUUUCAGCAGAGCAAGCACCCUUGCAUUUCGCAAUCGAACGCCUGCGCUUUCUGUCACUUGCGCCGGUUUGGAUCUUGAUGCCGCCAGGGCCUGCCGCACCGCAAUUGGCAGCUCCGGAACAGCCGCUCGCAGCAAAAUGGCUGAAGCUCCGAAACAGGGGUCAGAGGGACUGUGUCAGAGUGGCGGGCGCAUAUGGCAGCAGGAACAUUUUCGACAGCUCGAGAUGCAGCCGUCAGCUCAGCUUGAGAAGAGUCUUCUGGAGCUGCCUGCAGGGUCAGUGCUGCCAGAGGCGCCUCUGCUCGACGGUGCUCGGGGUCUCGACCCAUCCCCAGCGGGUGGCUGCGAUGUCAGACAGCAGCUGCAGCAAAAUCCAGACCACCAGAGCGCUGCGAAGCGCAGACAGAAGGGUAGCGAUGCUUCUUCAUCUGGAAGCACUGCGGGCACUUGUUCGACUGAGAGCGGCGGGCAGUCACAGGAUCUGCCUGACUCGGACUCGGACCGUGAGCCUGUGCUUCAGCACAGUGCUCCUGCCAAGGCCUUUCUGAACAGGAAUGCGCUGGCGGACUGGUACGUCGGCAGGGCGUGCAGGGCCGAGAUGCAGAUGAAGGAUGAUGAGCACCCCAAAAUUAAGGUGACGCCCACGGAGCUGGACUCCAGCAGUUCUCCUGGUUCUACUGCGGAGGCAGCGCUCAGUAGUGCUGAGGAGACGUUGGAUGCCAAGGAUAUCCAUGGGGCAGCUGUUCUCAUGUCGCUCGAGGACUUCCUUGCAGAGGUGACGCCCACGGAGCUGGACUCCAGCAGUUCUCCUGAUUCUACUGCGGAGGCAGCGCUCAGUAGUGCUGAGGAGACGUUGGAUGCCAAGGAAGCCUGCGACGAGGAGGCCUCGUGUGCACACUCUCCAUUGCAGACUCUGGAAGACUUCUUGGAACCCUUACAAACCUCAGAAGAGUUCCUGCGGUGCGAACCAUGCGUCCUGUCGCUCCCGGCCCCGGAUGGCCCGGAGCCUGCAGCAAAUGUUCUUGAGGCGCUCACGGCACCGGUGUUGGAGGGGUACGGCAUCUAUCUGGCGAUGUACGACAUCUCGCGCGGACGCGCGGCUCGCUACUCCAGCUUGCUUCUUGGAGAGCACCUCCAGGCGAUUUGGCACACAGGCGUGGUGGUGGAAUGCGGAGAACAAGCAAGUGAGUUCUGGUUUGGAGGGCGCAUCGCAGAAUCUGAGCCCGGGCGAUCGCCAUUUGGGCAGCCAGCAGAGAAGAGGUUCCUGGGAUAUACGAAGAAAACGCGUCAACAAGUGCUUGAAUUCUUCACCUGGUUGAUUGUGAACGACAGAAAUUUCGACGGGGAGCGCGUGAGCGAGACUUUGCAGCGUCGCGUUGGUCUUCUUUCUUCGAAAUGA